UUGUGUGGAAUAUUACAUUUGGGCAUAUCCAGGCUUAACUGCUGGAGAGUACAGGAGCAUCUUUACCAUCAGCAUCAUGGGCAGUAAGUACCAUUGGCAGAGUCAGAAUGUCAAGCAGAGUGGUGUUGAUGACAUGGUUCUUCUGUCGAAGAUCACGGAGGAUGCCAUCGUGGAAAACCUCAAAAAGAGAUAUAUGGACGACUAUAUCUUUACAUAUAUUGGGCCAGUGCUGAUAUCAGUGAACCCAUUCAAACAGAUGCCCUACUUCACGGAUCGAGAAAUUGAACUUUACCAAGGAGCAGCCCAGUACGAGAACCCUCCGCACAUCUAUGCUCUUACAGACAACAUGUACAGGAACAUGAUGAUUGACAGUGAAAACCAGUGUGUCAUCAUCAGUGGAGAGAGUGGUGCAGGAAAGACGGUGGCUGCUAAAUACAUCAUGGGCUACAUCUCCAAAGUGUCCGGAGGAGGAUCAAAAGUGCAGCACGUAAAAGAUAUAAUUCUGCAGUCCAAUCCACUGUUGGAGGCAUUUGGCAAUGCCAAGACUGUUCGCAACAACAACUCCAGUCGUUUUGGUAAGUAUUUUGAGAUCCAGUUCAGUAGAGGAGGAGAGCCGGAUGGAGGCAAAAUCUCCAACUUUUUGCUGGAGAAGUCCAGAGUAGUGAGCCAAAAUGAGAAUGAGAGGAACUUCCAUGUCUUCUAUCAGUUAAUAGAGGGAGCAUCUGCUCAGCAGAGGGAAGCAUUAGGAAUCAUGACUCCAGACUACUACAACUACCUGAACCAAUCUGGCACAUACAAAGUGGAUGGCACUAAUGAUAGUAAGGACUUUCAAGAAAUGAUGGAAGCCAUGCAAGUGAUUGGCAUCUCGCAAAACUGUCAGAUGCUGGUUCUCCAGAUCAUAGCGGGAAUCUUGCACCUGGGCAACAUCAGCUUCAUAGAAGCCGGAAACUACGCGCAAGUGGAAAGCACUGACCUGCUAGCCUUUCCUGCCUACCUGCUGGGAAUCGACCCCAGUCGACUGCAGGAUAAGUUGACCAGCCGAAAGAUGGACUCUAAGUGGGGUGGCAAGUCCGAGUCAAUCACCGUGACCUUGAACCAGGAGCAGGCUAAUCACACACGUGACGCCCUCUCCAAAGCCCUAUACGCACGCCUCUUUGACUAUUUAGUGGAGGCUAUAAACCAGGCCAUGCAGAAACCACAUGAGGAAUUUAGCAUCGGAGUUUUGGAUAUUUACGGAUUUGAAAUAUUCCAGAGGAAUGGAUUUGAACAAUUCUGUAUUAAUUUUGUGAAUGAGAAGCUGCAGCAGAUCUUUAUCGAGCUUACCCUGAAGGCUGAGCAGGAGGAGUAUGUUCAGGAGGGUAUUAAAUGGACCCCUAUUGAAUACUUCAACAAUAAAAUUGUGUGCGACCUCAUUGAGAAUAAAAGUCCACCUGGUAUCAUGAGUGUACUGGACGAUGUGUGUGCCACUAUGCACGCCAAGAGCGAGGGCGCAGAUGGAACCCUACUGCAGAAAUUACAGGCAGCUGUGGGCACACACGACCACUUCAACAACUGGAAUUCUGGUUUCGUCAUCCAUCAUUACGCGGGGAAAGUGUCGUAUGACAUCGUUGGCUUCUGUGAGAGAAACAGAGAUGUACUCUUUCCUGACCUCAUCGAGCUGAUGCAAAGCAGCGAACAUGACUUCAUUUGUAGCCUCUUUCCAGAAAAUCUCAACACAGACAAGAAAGGCAGGCCCACCACAGCAAGCUCAAAGAUCAAAAGACAAGCCAAUGAACUGGUGAAUACGCUGAUGAAGUGCACCCCCCACUAUAUACGCUGUAUCAAACCAAAUGAGACCAAGAGACCCAAAGACUGGGAGGAGAGCAGGGUAAAACACCAGGUAGAAUACUUAGGCUUACGCGAGAACAUCAGAGUACGACGUGCCGGCUUUGCCUAUCGCCGAAUCUUCCAGAAGUUUCUGCAGAGGUAUGCCAUUCUAACACCUGAGACGUGGCCCCAGUGGAGAGGCGCGGAACAGCAGGGGGUACUCCACCUCCUGCAGGCCGUCAACAUGGAAAGAGAUCAGUAUCAGAUGGGACGCACCAAGGUGUUCGUGAAGAACCCAGAGUCGCUGUUCUUGCUGGAGGAGAUGAGAGAAAGGAAGUUUGACUCGUUUGCCAGGACUAUUCAAAAAGCUUGGAGGAAAUACAUCGCCAGAAGGAAAUAUGAACAGAUGAGGGAAGAGGCCUCUGACAUCCUGUAUAACUCUAAGGAACGCCGUAGGAACAGUAUUAAUCGAAAUUUUGUUGGGGAUUACCUUGGCAUGGAGGAGAGACCAGAGCUAAGGCAAUUCUUAGCCAAGAGAGAACGAGUCGACUUUGCUGAUUCGGUCAACAAGUAUGACCGCAGGUUCAAGUCAAUCAAGAGGGACCUCAUCUUGACCCCCAAGGGCAUCUACCUGAUUGGUCGUGAGAAAGUGAAGAAGGGUCCUGAGAAAGGGCAAAUUAAAGAGGUGCUAAAGCGCAAGCUGGAAAUCAGCAGCAUACGUACUGUCUCGCUGAGCACAAGACAAGACGACUUCUUCAUCCUUCAUGAGGCUCAGUAUGACAGUCUGCUGGAGUCCAUGUUCAAAACCGAAUUCCUCAGCCUCCUGUGCAAACGUUACGAGGAGCAGACGAAAAACAAACUCUCCCUGUCUUUCAGUGACAGGUUGGAGUUUCGGGUGAAGAAGGAAGGCUGGGGCGGAGGUGGCUCCCGCUGCGUGGUUUUCCAGAAGGGUCAGGGUGACAUGGCUCAGAUCAAACCAGGAGGAAAAACCCUCACUGUUACGAUAGGAGAUGGACUUCCAAAAACUUCUAAGCCUUCAAGGAAAGGUAUUAUGCCGAGCCAUGGAGGCAGGAAUCAGCCGCGCCAUGGAGGGCACCAGAACGGAGCGGCGCAGUUCUCUCGCGGGCACGCCCAACCAAACCAAAGGGAACAGACUUAUUCAACCCCCAUGAAGCAGGGCCGUCCCCCGAGCUCGGUGCUGCCAAGGCAGGGAUCUAAGAAGAACCAGCGCGGCCUGAGGCAAAACCAGUCAGCUAAUACAGACUUCCUCAACGUCCCAGAUCAGGGCAUGUCUGGAAUGCAAAGGAAGAAGAGUAUUGGUCAGCGCCCACCUCCUGCUCCCAACAGAUCUCGCCCCCUACCUACCCCUCAAGGUCCCCGCUGUAAGGCACUGUACGCGUACGCUGGCCAGGACACGGACGAGCUGAGCUUUGAGGUCAAUGACAUCAUUGAAUUACUUAACGAAGAUCCUUCAGGCUGGUGGAAGGGCAGAUUUAGAGGAAAAGAGGGACUCUUCCCAGGAAACUACGUGGAGAAGAUCUGA